AUGGCGGACAAGCUCGGCUGGGUGGAGGACAAGCUCCGCCAGCUUCGGGAAGCGUAUCACAUCGAGUUCCGUGGCUUCCUCACUAACCACGCCUCCCACGGCGUCGCUGUUCUCGCUGCCAUGUUCCCGGACAACCCGGCGGCAGUCGAUGCCUACCUCGCCACCUACGUCCGGCGGCUGGAGAGCGCAGGUGGACCGAUUGAACAGGGCCAGGUGGCGCACAUUGGAGACGAGCUGGAGAAGCUGUGGGUGCCUGGGAGUGCUGGGAGCCUCUGUGGUGGGCUGGAUAACGAUGCCAAGAUCUUUGCGCCUGGAGUGCCGUUCAACGCGGCUUCCGAGGCGAUGACGGGCGUGCUGGCCCGGCACGGACUGGCAGACACUGUGUUUACCUGUCUGGCGGCUGUAGUCGACGGCAUCCACUCGGCAGCCUUUCAUCCGCUCAUCCAGCUUGGCCUUGCGCUCGACAUUGACUCGCGAGGCAUGAUCGCCGAGGCGCUGGCGUACAACCUCGGCGCGCACGACAAGCUCCUCCCGGAGGGGACAACGCCUGAGCUGGAGAAAGCACCUGUGGCAAGUCCGGAGCCAUUGGCGCUGGCGGAGACGGUCCGGCAGCUGGCAAGCGUGCUGGAGGCGCCCGGGGAGGAUGCUGGCGGCUUCCAGGACCGGGUCCGUGCGCUCCGGUUGCAGCCGCGAGACGCCGCCGCGCUGGCUGGCAUUCACAAGUGGUUCCGCGACGCGGCAGGGGCAUGGGGCGCCAGUCUCGGAGGAAUUGCGAUGCUGCUGGUUGACACUGCGCUGGUCCUGUACCACGCCACCCAUCACGAGUUCUUUGUGCUCCAUGCCGUGACGUCGGCGCACGCGCUGCGGGCGCUGGUCGAGCUUGCCGAGCGCGAUGAGGCCGGGCCGGACCGGACCGAGCUGCUGGUCAAUGCGGCUGCGGGCUGGUUCACGGCCGCGGUCGCGGUGGUGAGCGUCGAGGCGCCGCGAUGGAAUGCAACGCGGGUGGCUGAACUUUCCGGUGCGUCGAGCUCGGGCGACGCUUUGGGCCAGCUCGAGGAACUGGUCGGAGCGAUGACGGCGGCGGGUGCGGCGCCCGACGAGCAUGCGCUCAAGCUGGUUUACGUCGUGUGGCGGGCACGCGGUGCAGCCGCUGAUGGGUGCAGCCUGCUCUCGCAGGGAGCACGCGAGGCGGUCGCCUGCGACCUUGCGCAGGCGACAGCGCGCAGUUUCAGAUCUACGGCCGGCCGGCGGUCGACAUGGUGCUGACCGUUGAGCGAGCUGCGCUUUGACCGCUAGAGCUUGGCCUGAGUCGAG